GUCGAUUUCUAAAGGAUUCCCUGCCUCAGCACUAAGCUCACCGGCUACCUUUGUUGUGCGCAGCUUUGCUGCAAGCUCGUUCCACGUUGCGAACCAAACAUUACGUGGCAGUCGCCGGACGCUCUGCGCGCGGGCUCGACUAGCUCUACCCUGCCUGUGUGCCGCAUCACAACACUAUACUGUAGCUCAAUUGACAGCCACACGGCAGCCUUCGUGACUCGCCGCCGCCCCAGAGUCUGACCCACGGGGCGCCUAGCCUCCAGCGCUUUCCUGCUUGCGCCGUAGCAAGGCUGACAGCUUUAGGCUCGCAGCAGCGUGCAGUGGGCGUUUGGAAGCGUCGCGUGGCCUUGGCCUGGUUGACUGGUGCGAAGCAAGCCGGUCGCGUAACGCGGCGCCGAACUCCGUCCGUCGCUGUGCUGCACUGCCCUUGAAGCCGGGCCAGUCCAUGCAGGCUGCUGCUGGCGGCGCGCGCUAAGCCGCGCGCACGCCGCACGCAGCCAUGGCGUUGAGCACGAGCGAGUGAGGGACUUCAACAGCAGUUCGAGAGGCACAGCACGCAGCGGUCACAUAACAUCGUCCAUUUUGGCCGCUAAGACGCAGCACGUGACAGGACUGAUUAUACCAGCACGACCCAGAAGGGAGCAAACCGCUCAACGACUUCAACAGCAACCGCGUACGACCGGGGCGUUUGACACUCGACGCAGCCAUGGACUUGGCAAAUGCGCCCUCGCUCGGCUUCUUCCUCGCCGCCGCCGCGUCAGGCGGCAGCGGUGGCGGGCUUAACGGCAUAGGCAGUGGCGACGGCGGCGGGGGUGGUGGCGGCAGCAGCAACGGCGGGGGCUUCGCUGACCGGCUGGACACGAGCCGGCUUGCCUCGCUGGACACACUGGCAGCUGCGGCUCUUGCGGUGGAGGUGGAGGACGAGUUCGGGCUGGGGCUGGCGCUGGGGCUGGGGCCGCCCGCAGGCGAGGCCGGCGGCACUGGAGGCGGCGGGUUGGCGCGGCCGCGGUCGGGGCUGCUGCUAAGGGCCAGGUCCGUGCCGCUCCCACACCAGCAGCACCAGCACUUGCAGUACGUGCAUGCGCCGUCGCAAUGUCAUGCAGCUGCUGCUGACUGCGGCGGGGAAGCCUCUGCACAGGCCCAACCCCAGCCCCAGUUGGACCAGCAACAGCGCGUGCGGCAGCUCAGCCGGGCAGCAGCCACGCCUUUCGCGCUGGGGGCCCCGCCUCCGGCCAGCCCGCCGGCGGCGCUGGACAGCGCAGGGGGCGGUGGGAGUGGCGGUGCAGGUGCAGGUGCAGGGCUGGGCGGUGGAGACAUCGGUGUGCCGGCUGCCCACACGCUCAGCCCGCCGGCCUCGCCUUUGCAUCCAGCCCCUGCCGGCCCGGUCGUCGCGCCCAUGCGGCUGCAGCCCGCCACGCCGCCGGCGGCCGGCCGCGGGACGGCCCCUGCAGCUACGCCCUUCGCCACCGCCGCGGCUGCCGCCACUGGCUCAGCUUCCAUGCCGGCAGCGGGCACUCCCGGCGACCUGGGCGAUUCACAGGAGCAGGGGCAGCAGGUUGAAAAGGCGGCCUUGCCUGGCUCAGGCAAUGACGCGACCACCAGUGCAGUCAGUGGCGGCACCUGUGACGGUGGCACCUGUGAUGGAGGGAUGCCUGCGCCGCAGACGCCCUCUGCCGCAGCCAAGCGCGACAGCAAAGGUGGCGGCGGCGAUGGCAGCCUGAGCGGCGGAGGCGGGAGCAACGGGAGUCGGCAGCUGCCGCACGCAUCGCAGCCGCGUAUAAGCGCUCCUUCAGCCGCGGGCGGUGGUAAAAACACCACUGCUGCACCUGCAUCUGCACCUGCAUCUGCAGAUGCAAGUGCAUCCCUCCUGGCCGGCGCGAAUACAGCCUCCACGCCGGCGCAGCUACCACCUCUGCCGCCGCUGCCACAGCCCUCCCGGUCGAGUGCCAAGGCGCCAGUCGUCCGGCCGGGCCGUCCCGCCGGCUCGCCGCCGCCCAACACCGCCCGCGGGCCCCUACGUCAGCAGCACCUGCCAGACCUGUCCAGCCUCCGUCCCGGUGGCCCCUCUACCUCCAGUCGCGCCAGCGGCUCAGCAGGGGCGGCCGGCACCUCCACCGCCACCAAGGCGAAGAAAGGGGGACAGGCGCCGGCCCGGAGCAAAACGCCGCCCCGUGGCCGCAGCGACGGCGCCGCCGCCGGCGCCCAAAGUGAAGGUACUGGCGGCGGCGGGGAGGCAGACAGCAGGCAGCAGAAGGGGGCCGCUGACGGCGGGCCGCGGUGCCGUCUGCCCAAGCGCGCAGCGGCCGUGGCUGCCGCGCGUCGCCUGGCAGACCGCAGCAGCGGCGGCGGCAGCCAAGCAGCGGAGCAGGAGGUGGUUGGUGGUGAGGUCGAGGAAGUGGGUGGGGAGGGCGUGGAGGAGGGGCAGGAGGAGGCUGAGCCAGUUGGCUCGGAGGAGGAGGACGAGGAGGUCAACAGCUCGGAGAGCCAUGACGGGCCCGGGGCGGAGGCAGAGCCGGGUGCUGCUAACGGCACACUCACAGCCAUCACGGCGCACAUGUCACCGUCGCCGUUUCGCCCUGCAGCACCCACAACAGCACGCGCACCCUUAGCAGCCCCAGCAGCCCCAGCAGCCCCAGCUACAACUACAGCCGCUGACGUGGUAGCUGGCGAUGCAGCCGCGCUCAUCUGCUGGGCGUCGCCGGAACCGCCGCCUCCACUGCAUCAACAGCAGCAGCCGCUGCUGCUGCCAGGCCCCGCCAGUAGCCACGCCGGUGAUACUGCCGGGGCGCCCGGUACAGUGCCCUCGCAGCUAACUAGAUGCACGCCUGGCCUGAGCCACGCCCACAUCAGCAGCGCCAGCCCUGAAGCUGCACCGCUGCCGCUACAGCCGCAUCUGCCGUACCCGCAGCCUCAGCCUCCAGCUCUGGGACCACCGCUACAGCUACAGCCACCACCAUCACCGCACGCGCCACCACACCAGCUGCAAUCGCCUCCAAAGCCCGAGCAGCUGCUGUCGCAGCCGCCGCGGCCGCCGCAGCCCGUCGGCGGCGCCGACCUCAGCCCCUACCUGGAUGUCCCCUCCGACAUCCGCUGCCCCGAGGAGCUCGACCUACUACCGCCCCUGCCGCCGCUGCCCCGACUCAAGCUACAGCCGCCUGGCAGCAAGCUGCAGCCAUCUGGGUCGCAGCCGGAGCAGCAGCAGAGGCCUGGCGACGCCUUGCCUCUCGGCAGCGCCACCAGCAGCGGCGCAGUCAAGAGCAGCGGCGUCGCCAAGCCCCCCUCUCCUACCUUAGCAGGCACCAAGCGGCAGGCACCGGCGCCUGCUGUGCCGCUUGCAUCUGGCGCCCCCGCAGGCGGCUCGAGGACUGCAGCAGCCGCUGCAGCAGGUGGCGAUGAGCAGGAGCCGCAGCCGCCGCCAGCUAAGAAGAGUAAGAAGAAAAAGAAGAAGGGCGGCGGAGCAGGAGCAGCAUCAGGGGGAGGAGCGGCAGGGGCCGAAGGGGGAGCUGGCGGCAGCCCCCCGCGCAGUCUGCCACCCGUCAGCAGCCUUCUGGGACUCCCGACGCCCGCUUCGGCGGCAGCGGCGGCCGCGGUAGCGGCGGCGGCGGCCGCUGCGGAGGUGGCGGCGGCGGCGUGUGCGGGCACGCCGCGCCCCAUCAAGACCAACGACAAGACUGUGCUGCGGCGCGAGCGCAACCGGUUGGCCGCCAAGAAGUGUCGGGCCAAGAAGAUGGAGUUCAUAGCGCAGAUGCAGGCCCAGCUGGACGACAUGGCCCAGCGCAAUGAGGAGCUGGCCACGCAGCUGGCCACACUGCAGCGACUGCACGUGCGGGAGCUGCACUGCAAGGAGGUGCUCAAGAUGGUGCUCCAGGGCUGCUGGGACCUGCCGGGCGGCGCCGCCAGCCGCCUGCCCUACUCGGCCGAUGCAGUGCUAGCGUCACUGGAGGCGGGCACCAUGGACGUCGGGCCACUGCUGGACGCCCUGUCGGGAGCCGCCGAGCCGCCGCCCCUGCGCCAGCCGGAGCAGCUGCAAGGGCAGGGACAGCACCAGCAGCACCAGCAGACACCGCGUCACCUGCAGCAGCCACAACAGGCACAGCAGCCACAAAAGGCACAGCAGCUACAGUAUCCGCAGCAGCAGCAGCAGGCGCUGAUGGCGCCGCCAGGAGCGCCGCCGGCCUCGCCACAUGCCCCCAGCCUGGAUCCCGGCGCCAGCCCGCAGCAGCAGGGCCUCCUGCUGCCUGCGCCGCUGCACUUGCCACACGGCGCACCAGUGCUGCUGCCGCCCAGCGCCGCCAGUGCUGGUGGUGCUGCAAGUGCUGAAGUCGCGGCGGCGGCGAAAGCCGCAGUGGCGGCGGGUGUCCACCUCCCUCAGGCGGGAUCCGUCACGGACGCCACGGCCUCAGCAGGCGGCGCCGCCGCGACCACGCCCGCGUUUCUGCCGGUGGCGGGCGGAAGCGGCGCCUUUGACACCCUGCAGCGGCAGCAGCAGCCGCCGCAGCGGCAGCAACAGCCGCAAGCGGCGGCCGUUGAGGAGGAGGACGAGGACGAGGAUGCUGCGGACGAUCGGGCGGCGGCCGAGGCGGAGGAGCGGCGACUUCCAGAGCCGCAGCCACCAGCGCACAUGGUUGGCAGUGGUGGCGGCGGUGGCGGCGGUGGCAACACCUUUACUGCGUUGCUGAGGGGCGGCUCACUGGGCUUUGCGGCAAGCCUGCAGGCCGCAUCGAGAGCCGGCUUUGGUGGCAGUGCGACUGGUUACGGCGCAGCAGGCAAUGGCGCGAGUGGCUCUGCAGCAGCCGGAAGUGGUGGUGGAGGUGGCAGCCUGACGGCAAGUGGCCGGCUCGGCUCUCUCGACUGGUUGCUGCUGGCAGCUGCGUCCAUGGAUGCCGGAACUGCUAACGCCAUCGGCGCGGCCGUUGGCGGCGACCCUGCUGGCAGUACCGGCGGCGGCGCAGGUGAGAAUGCUGGAAACGACAACUCUGCUGGAGGCCAGCUGCCGCCGCCGCGGCCCCUAGACAUCCCCCAGCUCCACGGCGGCAGCGGCGGCGAUGGCGGGGUUGGGUCCGCCGCUGUAGCUGCUGCUCCUGACGAUGGCAAUGCCACUGGGUAUUAUGUCGGUGAUGGCGGCGGCGGCGGCGGUGGGCCCCUUAGCGCCUUCGCCAACCUCCCGUACCAGCCACCGCACCAGCAGCAACAGCAGCAACCGCAGGCGGCUCCUCAUGCGGCUGCGCUGCCGCAGCAGUCCGCCUACUGGGGCCAGCAGCCCUACGGCCCUCUGAUGCCUUACCCCACGGAGGCCGCACCGGGCAGCAGUGCCGCAGGUGCUCCGGCGGCACUCGGGACUGGGCUACUGCCACAGGGGCAUCAGGAGCACGGGCAGGGACAGGGGCACCAGAGCCCUCUGCAGCUGCAGGUCCCCCGCCACCCGCCGGGCCAUCCGGGGCUGCAUUGCCUGACGCAGCAGCCGCAGCCGCAACUGCCAGGACACGGCAGCAGUGCUGGCAGCGAGCAGCAGCAACAGAUUACAAUUGGAAGCAGUGAGGAGCUGGAGGCAGACGGCGGCGAGGGCGGGGGUCCUGACCAGCAGGCUGUAGUGGCGGCCGCGACGGCGGCAGCGCCCGCGGCGGCUGCAGCUGCACUGGCCCUGUAUUAUGUCGGUGGAGGAGGCGGAGGAGGCGUGGCGGGAGGUGGUGGUGGUGGUGCUGGUGUCGCCCUCCAGCAGGAGUACUCGGUGGGCGGCCCGGGCUCUGCUUAUUACGCCCAAGCACAGCAGCCACUACUACUGCUGCAGGCGCAGGCACACCAGCAGCAACAACUGCAGGUGCCACCGCCGCUGUUUGCUGCUGGGGUUGGCGUCCCAACAGCGGCAACGGUGGCAGCAGCGGACGGCAACACCGGCUGGCAGUGGGACGGCACCCCCAUCACUGCGCCUUCCGCUGCCGGUGCGACAGGGAGCAUGCUGCCGCCUGGCUUGCAGUAUCAACCCCAGUCGCCUACGCAGCAGUACCAAGCUGUGCGGUCACCCAUCCCCCAGCAGCUGCCGUAUUAUCAGUCGCCGCAAGCUUCCCAGCUCCAGCCACAACCCAUGCAGUCGCCGCCGCACCAGCAGCAGCAGCCGCAGCGGCAGCCGCAGCCGCACCGGCAGCCGCAGCCGCAGCGGCAGGCGAUGCGCACGCCGUUCAGUGACUUCUGGGGUAUGGGCGCGGCGCUAGCAGCUGUAGGGCCUUCUGCCGCCGGCCGCCAGCAGCAGGAGGACCCGCCCAGCUCCGCCGGCGCUGCCGCCAUGCCGCAGCACCAAGAUUUCCAGGUCAGAGUGGGUCCCAGCUCGGAAUGGGGCCGCAGCAUUGCUGAGGUCGGCGCAUUGCGGACCAUGCAUCAGCAGCAGCUGCAGCACCAACUACACCAACAGCACCCUUACCAGUGGCAGCAGGCGGCACCCGGUGCUGAGCUACAGCCGGAGGUGGGCUCCGGUUCAGGAUCAGGCCUUGCUACUACAGCUUCGGCAGCGGUGGAGGCGGGUGAGGGCUGUGGCGUAGCAAGUACGGGUGGAAUCGGCUUUCGCUCUGCUACAGCCGCCGUGGCGGAGGCAAUGGCAGCGCCCUCCCUGCUGCACGAUGCCACGUCAGUGGUUUCCACCCUCGGAGCGACAGCCGCGCCGCAGGCGCAAGUGCACUUGCCGUCCCCGCCAGCCAAGCAGGCCCGGCAGCGGGAGGCGCAACAGCCGGCUGGACAGCUGUCCGACACGCCCAAGAGGCGCAGGAGGUAGAAGGCGGGGCGUAGAAGAGUGGCCACGGCACGCCGGUGCUUGCGUGGCUCUGGAGCGACUUUACAGAGACUAGCAUGCAUGCACAGCGGCAGCAGCUGCGCUAAGAGGAUGAGCGUCAUGCAGGUUAUAACCGCGCAUGGGGCAGCGCGUACAUGGGGCUCGAGUAUGCGGCGGUGCGUGGCGCUGACGUGGUUGCCGCUGUAGCACUGCACCCCACAUGCACGCACGUGGCGACGACAUUUUGACCAGUCCUUUUAUUAGCUUACAGCUUUUGUUCGCUGUUGAUGAUGACGCGACCGAGUUUAUACCGGGGCUUAUCCUGCCCUAACUAGCUAACUGCGUGUCUAGGCAUGGCAGCGGCGCGUUUGAAGUCAGCACAAAGGCUUGCCCCGGCAUACAUGGGUCUGCAUGUCAUGUCGUCCCGGUGCAGCAGGAGAAGAAAACCACAUUCACGAGCACGGGCACGAAAUCCAUCGUGCAUCGCCACAGCAGCUGUCUUCAUCUUUUUGCGUUUGCAUCGAGGCCUAUGACUUGUGGUUGCGGCGUAAAUGUCUACUGUGUAGGCAUGGAACCCACACGAUGGGAACGGCGCGAACGAGUGCGUGGCGGAACGUCAGACCCGGAUGAUGGCAUUGCGCAUGAGCCGCCCAGGUGUGCGACCGCAUGCGAUGCCAAGCUAGGCCUGGUGGCCGAUGGCCCAUCACGACAAGACGAGAGCGUAAGAGAAUAGGAGAGGAGUGUUCGAUGGGCUUGCGGGACUGGGGGUUUGUUGGAUGCGAUGACCGGAGGGCAAGCUGGUGCACGGUUCUCAGCACGGAUGCGCGGCGUGUGCGUGGUAGGCUGCUGGGGGGCAUGCGCCAUACCAUAGUGCAUGCGCCCAUACAUGUGCGCGACCCCAGCGGUGCCUGCUGAGAGUGCCUAGUUGGUUGCAGUCUAUCGAGUGUGUGCAGAGUGAAAGCGAGCGGCGCACGCGUUGCACUAGUUGUAGCCCAAUCAAGGCGAGGCACACAACGCGGGAGGGUGGGAAGGCGGGCAGCUCAUCACACGGUGGCGGAUGGAUGGCAGGCGCGUAGGUAUGGGCAUGGCAGCGGCCGGAGCGUGUGGGCAUUGCAUAUGGCGGGGCUGAGGUGUUUGUCUCUUUCCUGCCACGGUGCGGUGGCACGGCCGCCGCAGCCGCCCAAAGUAGUUCUCUUGCCUCCUGACCGCCGUACGUGAUGUGCGUGGGGAAUCUGCAGACGCCAGCUAGGCAGCUACUAUAGUAUAGUGUGCUCAACUUGGAUGAAGCACGGGAUCGUUGUUGACCUUCGUUGAUUAUGCAAGGACCUGUAAUGCGCAACGCAUGCCCGACUCGACACUGCAUGUUGCAAGAGCCCAGGAAGGCGGCGCGUAUGGUGAGGUGCGUGGUGGGCCGGAUGGAGAGGAGCGCGCGGUGGUGGUGGCGAUGGGCGGUGAGGCGGAAAGGGGAGGGCCACACGAGGCCGCCGGUCGUGGAAGGCUGCCGGCAUCAGGUGGCAAAAGGAAGAGGGGCGUGUGCGUGCGGGCUGGCGAGGUGUCGGAUGAGGAUUGAGGAGGCGUCAUCGUUGCUACUCGUCCAAGGCGUAGACCAAACGCAUUGUUGCUUCGUGUGGGAACGUGGGACAGCGAGAGAGCCUCGGAUGCUC